AUGCUAAAGCAACUACUUCAAGGGCAAGCUGAUGGGGUAGUGGACACAAGCAAGAAGCUAGCUGAAAUAAACUCCAAGAUCGAGAAUCUCAACACAAGGGUUUACUCUCUGGAGAAUCAUGCUUCUUCUGUUGCUGCUGCUACAAAGCAAGGACAACUACCUGGUAAAGCUAUUCAGAACCCCAAGGAACAGUGCAAGGUCAUCUUCACUCAAGAAGGACUUGUUGAAGAAGAGGAUCAAGAAAGGGUCAUUGAAGAUUUUUGUUUACUGCUGAAUGAUGAAGAGAUUGUUGCUGCUGAGGCUCCUGGAGUCCAGAUUGAUCAACCAGAAGUGCAGGCACCUACUGUGGCCAUUCACACUUCACCAGUUGAGCUCGCACAACAAGCUCGAUCGGCAGCUCGAUCGAGUCCAACUCUAGCUCGAUCGAGUCCGACCUCUUCUGUCCAAAGCCGUUUUGCUUGA